GCUUGAUUUGUUGAGGGUCUCUAACCAGUGGGAGUGUAUCGCUGUAAUUCUUGACUGAUCAUAUUAUCCUAGCUAUCAUAUAUCUCUGCAGACUAUUCUCUUCUAGAAGGACAAAAUGGAGAAAUCUAUGUACAAAUCUCCGAGACGUCUGGAGGCUAAUCGGUUCAAGGCCACUCCCCGUGGCACAGAAGGAAACAACGACUCUAGAUCUCUCCGUCCGCCAGGGAUGACAAAUAGAGACGGAAUGAAAAAAGGGUAUCCCUUAAAGUCAGUUAUUGCUGAUCGGUCAAUUGGACACCCAACAACACCUGCCCCAGUUCCAAGCACUCUCACCUCCAACACAAGUGAGCAUGAGUACCCAAUAACAAGCGGUGGCGAAGAGUUCCUACAACCACCGAAGCAGAGUCUAGCUUGGGCUAAGCUGAAGAAGGCGCUUUUUGACGCUCGUUCCAAAGUGUUGGACUUGGAGACUCAGUUCGCAGAAAUGCAUAUUCAGAUCAAUGCCCUCACUAGCACUGUGAACGAAAUGCAUUCUGCAUUUAAUGAUCAACAUGGGAUACCACCUACUGAUGAGGAUUAGAUUUGGAUGUUCUAUUUGUAGAUAAUCGUAUUAAACUUGCGCUGUAUUUGCCGUUUGAAAAUCUUUGAUUCACUGUUUUAUAACCGAACAAUUCUAUCAUGUUCAUUUUUAUUUUCUACCUUAUGUAUCUGGUAAUUGGUUUUU